AUGUGCGUACGUGCGUGCAGGUGUGUGACGGAGGAUGAACAGUCGCAGUGGCCAGCGGCUCAGCUGGCCACGCACGCCUUUCUGCUGCCGGCGCCCACGAGUGCGCCUCUCUCCCCCGCCCCGCACACGCCCCACUCUCAGCACACUCCAUCCGCCACAACCGCGCCGAACCACCACCUGCAGGAUGAGGAAGAAAGUGGGAACUUAGAUGAUAUAGGUUUACUGAACAGUUCUUCACGACUUUAUACAGAGUUCGAAGUUCUUUCGUGGAUUGGUAAAGGCGCAUUUGGUGAUGUGAUUAAAGUCAAAAAUAAAUUAGACGGCGGCAUUUACGCGAUAAAAGUGAUCAAACUGAACCCGAGGAACGUGGAUUUGAACCGCAAGGUGACCCGCGAGGUGAAGCUGCUGUCGCGGCUGAACCACGAGCACGUGGUACGCUACUACAACGCGUGGAUCGAAAGCGUGAGCUUGGCGACGCGCGCGCGCCGCGGCGUGCGCCUCGAGUGGUCCAUAUCCGGCGCGCGUGCGCACCGACACGACCACGGUGAUGACGAAGAUGACGAUGACGACGACGACGACGACGACGACGACGACGAUCCCGAUCCUUGGACCCUGAGCCCAGAAGACGAUUCAAGCAGCGGUGUGGUGUUUCAAGAUGACAAUGACGAAUGUAAAAGUACUUUUAAUGACUCUGACAAUAACUCAAAGGAUAUUGAAACGACACAAAAGUCACAAGACGUCACAGAAUCAAACAAUACAGAGGAAACAGUGACCACACAACAAGUUCUUUACAUUCAAAUGGAAUUUUGUGAAAAACAUACUAUGAGACAAGCCAUCGACCAAGGACUUCAUCAGGAUCCAGUGAGAGCAUGGAGGCUGUUUCGAGAGAUAUUGGAAGGGUUGGUGCAUAUACACAGCAAGGGAAUGAUUCAUAGGGAUUUAAAACCUGUCAAUAUAUUUUUGGACUCCGAUGAUCAUGUAAAAAUUGGUGAUUUUGGAUUGGCCACUAAAAUACUCACAAGAGUAUCCGCUGAAGAUAAAAGCAAAUCACAAGAUGACGGUGACAGUGGACUUACUGGAGAGGUGGGCACGGCGCUGUACGUGGCGCCGGAGCUUGUGGGCGGCGCGAGCGCGGGCGCGACGUACAACCAGAAGGCGGACGUGUACUCGCUGGGAGUGAUCCUGUUCGAGAUGUUCCACGCGCCCUUCGCGACGGCGGCCGAGCGCGUGGCUGUGCUGAUGCGCCUGCGCCGCGCCGACGUGCUGCUGCCGCCCGCCUUCGACACGCCCGCCAACGCCAAGCAGGUCUACCUGCUCAGGUAUACACUCUACAUAAUAUACACUCUAACUCAAUACGAGCGCGCGACCGUGCUGAUGCGCCUGCGCCGCGCCGACGUGCUGCUGCCGCCCGCCUUCGACACGCCCGCCAACGCCAAGCAGGUCUACCUGCUCAGGUAUACACUCUACAUAAUAUACACUCUAACUCAAUACGAGCGCGCGACCGUGCUGAUGCGCCUGCGCCGCGCCGACGUGCUGCUGCCGCGCGCCUUCGACACGCCUUCUUCUAUAAAAAAGCAACUAUACACAAAACAAUUGCUCAGAUGUUUAGGAGUCAAAAAUGAUUUUUGCACCUUUUAA